AUGUCAAAACAGCAGAAACCCGUCAGGCAAGAUUAUAUAGCCAAGGCCCGCUAUCUCAAUAACUUACCGCCACCGCCACUCAACCCGAAAUUUCUCAAGUACAACCUCACCGAGCAUGUGCUGCCCGAACAAGAAAGCGAGCAGCUUCUAAGCUCACUUUUCAGAAAAGAGAAUUUCACUCAGUUUAUUGGCCAGAUCGACGAAGAGUUUGGUAUGCCCCUUAAUCUUCUUCAGAACGAAGGGUUCUUGGACGGCUCCAAUGAAGCAGCCAUCUACGCGUUAAAUCUGACAGUGCCUUUGCAUCCAAAGGACAGAAUAUUGUUGAGAGAUGCUGGCAUUGGGCGUGUGAACAAGUCGGAGCCUGGUGUUUCAUUCUUAAGAAGAACAGAGUAUAUUGCAGAAAACAAGGCUUCAAACAAGACAGAGGAGGAGGCGCUGGCAGAGAAGAAGGACCAGAAGGAUCUAGUCGACCCAGAUUCUCAGCUAGCGGCAGUAGAGGAGAGCUUCGACCAUGCUCAGGACACAUUGCAGGAUCUUUCGAAGAUCAAGCACCCAAGAAGAAAAAACUUGCGUGCGGUGGCUGCUUGGCCUCUUCUUCCAGAUACAUCGAUGAUGGACAUCAAGUACCUAGCCAUCAAAUUCUCUGGUUCUGCCUCCUUGUUCAGAGAGUUGCAGAGCACUAAAAGAAUUCAAAAAGAUGCCUACGACGAGGAGCUCCAGAAGGACUCAUUGGCCACGGCUCUUUACAAACCAAUCACAUCAGAGGAUGGUGAGUGGGUCAGCCUUUACCAGGCUAAGGAUAAGCAGGCUUUGGCGUCCUUGAAGGAGAAGUUGCAGUCCACAGAGAGAGAACAGCCCCUGAACUUGUUAGACGAGGAGGAAGAAGAUUUAGAGGAGUACCUGUUUGCUCAUCACAAAAACUACGAUAUGGUCUACCACAGAUACAGCAAACCCGACGAGGAGCUAGCGUUGAGGUUUGUACCUGAACAGCCUGGAUCCAAGAAGCGCCGUGCGGCAUACUACUACCCUAUUUCCGGGAGAGUGGAGCUCAAGAAGCACAGAGCGUCUACCAAUACAGAAAUUAAUCGUUUCUUGAAAGACAGUACGGUGGACGUGAUCAGCUUGAAGAUCAGAGAGCCCAACACCAGUGAGUUGAAGAGAAAGGACAACAUUCGUUCUGAAUAUGAUCCUAUGGAGUACGAAGGCGAGGAUGAAGAUGAGGAAGAGGAGGAAGAGGAGCAGACCGAAGAGCCUACCGAACAAAACGGAGAGGUUCACGCCAACGGCGAAGUCAAGGAGGAGAGUAGGGAAGAGAGCGUUACUAGAAGCGAUGCUCCUAGCGAGGCAGCCAGCGACGAAGCCAUUGACGAUGAAUAA